UCCAAUGAACUCACCUGCAGCUCAAAGUGCAGCAGUUUAACUUUGCAGCUGCAGAGCUUAAUAAAUUGGGGGGACAGACAGCUUUGAUAUGGCAGCAAUUCCUCGGAAGAUCAUUUAUACACCAACAGCCCCGGUGAGACAGGGGAUUUAUAGCCAGGCGGUGGUGGUGGACAGGACCAUGUACAUCUCUGGCCAGAUUGGGAUGAAUGUGGCGUCUGGUCAGCUGGUGGAUGGAGGAGUGCAGGCUCAGACUAAACAGGCUCUGAGUAACAUGGGAGAAAUCCUUAAAGCAGCAGGCUGUGACUACACUAACGUGGUGAAGACCACUGUGCUGCUGAAAGAUAUAAAUGACUUCAACUCUGUCAACGACAUCUACAAGACAUUUUUUAGCUCCAACUUUCCAGCCAGGGCUGCCUAUCAGGUGGCUGCUUUGCCUAGAGGCGCACUGGUUGAAAUCGAGGCGGUCGCCGUCCUCGGCCCGCUUUCUGACUCCUGACUAGCCGACCACGUCUCAAACAAGUUGUAGGUCUCCAGGUCAAACUGCAGCCGGUUCUUUCAAAAGCCUAACAAGAUCAGAAACCCCUGAAGCCUGUAGGAGGAGUGUAACCAUGGCUUUAAACUGCUUCAGUCUGAUAUACACCACUACCACUGAGAUCAUCUUAAGACUGAUUCUUCGGUUUCUUCUGGUGGUGUCAUUUUUACAUAUAAAAUCAUUAACAGAAGCAACUAAUAAAGAGGUUGAUUCAAAGAAAAACUCGUGAUGGGUGUCAUUUUUUUUGCCAAUUUUGGAUUUAUGUGAUAUUACAAAGUAGAUUUCAGGCUUUCAUCACCAUGACACAUAGGAAUAUUCUUAUUUAAUAGAUCAGGGCAGCGCUUGUUACUGCAGGACCUUUCUAUUUACUACAGUAAAUCAAAUUAAAUGUAUUAGUUAAUUGAUAAAUUGAACUAGACUGUCUCAGAAUAUUGUUUGUAAAAAAAGAAAU